ACAAAAAACUCGAAUCUUGUAAUAAAAUGAUGACAAAAAAGUGAAGAACCUCCUCUCUUUUGUAAGAAAAGGAGAAAAAAGAGCAUUCUUGAACGUAUAGUUUAUGCUCUCUCUUCUUUAUUACAGAAAUCGCCGAAUAAAUAGUGAAGAGUUUGGUUCUAGCAAUAGGCCACGUGUCUCGUUGUCUCUUUUGACCUCUCUUUUUUCUUACGACACCGCAAAAUAAUCAAAUCCCCUUCUUUAUCUUCUCUUACCCCCAAAUUUCCCUUACAAUUAGGGUUCUUCUUUCUCGACAACUUAUUCAAAAACUCAAAACAAAUUUUCUGGGAUCUUGUCUCUCCAGCCUUUUCUUUUUCCCUUGUUUUUCUCUUUUGGGUCAAUUUGGAAUUUAGAAAUCUAAAAAAAAUUCAUUGGUUUUUUUCUUUUUUGGAAUAAUAGAAAUGCAGUGUUUGAAACCAGAACCGGAGUUAACCACCACCAAUGUCGUAACGAUCAACGUCGGCGGCGAAAAUUUUCAGACGACCAAACAGACAUUAACACAAGCGGGACCGAAUUCUCUCCUUUCUCAAUUGGCUGAAACGACGUCGGAUCGUUUUGUUGACCGGGACCCUGUUUACUUCUCGCUCCUCCUUUCACUCCUCCGUACAGGUGCUCUUCCGUCCAAAGUCAAAGACUUUGACCUUAGGGAUCUCAUCGAAGAGUCGAGAUACUACGGCAUUGAGUCCCUUUUGACGAACUCUUUGACCAACCCUUCUCAAUUAGAUGCUUUUGCCCUUCAGAAAUCUUCGAUUUUACCCUUGAAUGGCCGCGACUCCCCUUCCGCCGUUGCCACUACGCCUUUUGGAUCCCUCCAUGUUUCCCACGGGAGCAAGAUUACGUCUUUCGAUUGGUCGUUGACGAGAAAGUCAACGAUCUUAACGCAAUUCCCAGCCGUGGAUUCAUUACUCGCGAUUUCCCCUGAUACCGCCGCGGCCGGUGCGACGGACUUCUCGGGGCUCCAGAUCCUCGAUCUCCAAAACGGGUCCGUCAAACAAACUCUCAAUUGGGAGAACGCGACCCGAUCCGGUUCCACGGUUCAAGCCAUCGGUUCAUCAGGCGAGUUCUUGUUUACUAGCUUCGAAUCCAGUAGGAGAAACUCUAAUUCAAUUAUGGUUUAUGAUUUGAAUACAUUGAACCCUGUUACUGAAAUAGGUCAUAAUGAGAUUUUUGGGGCUGAUAUCGAUUCAGCCAUCCCAGCUACAAAGCUGAGAUGGGUUUCAAAGUACGGGUUAGUUAUGGCAUCCGGGUCACAUAGUGGGUUAUCGGGUGUAUCGGGUAAUAUUAGGUUUUGGGAUAUAAGAUCUGGUAAUGUAGUUUUCGAAUUGAAGGAGAAAACCGAUUGCUUUUCGGAUAUUUGUGUUUCGGAUAAUCUUAAUGCGGUUUUUAAAGUCGGAGUGAAUUCUGGCGAGGUUUUUUACACAGAUUUUAGGAGUUUAGGCAGUGUGAAUGGUAAUAGUAAUCCAUGGAUUUGUCUUGGAGAUAAGAGGAAGAUUAUUAAUGGGAAAAAAGAAGGGUUUGGGUGCAAAAUUGAGAGCCACGGAAAUCAAGUUUUUUGUAGUAAAGGAGGGGAUAUCGAGUUGUGGUCGGAGGUUGUAAUGGGUUCAGCCAAGACUAGUAACGGUAGUGAGGAUCAGUCGACGAAAAGGGAUUUUAAAAAGAAUAUGAUGGGGAGAGUGAAGGAUAUGGGAGGUUCGAGGAUAACGAACUUGGCAUUCGGUGGGAACAAGAUGUUUGUGACCCGUAAAGAUCAGCAAGUUAUUGAGAUUUGGCAGGGUUCGGCUAGAGGGUUUUGAUUCUUCGAGACCUUCAGUUAGAUGUUUCAUAGGAGAGAAUGUUUGAUCAAACUAUAAAUCAGGGUACUGUUUAUUUCUUAAGUUGGUGUCUAGUUCAAUACUUUGUGUAAAUGAAAGGUCUGUAUUGUAUCUUUGUAAUAUAUGGAUUUGGUUCAUGGUGAUUGAAUUGAUAUCAUCAUCUACUAUUGUUACAAUUUAUAUUGAAUCAUAAAUGAAAAACUUACAUGCCUUUGCUGUUUAGCCUUUCACUUUUAUGCCCAUUAUUUGCUUACUUAUUUCCUUUGGAUUUGGAAAUAUCCUGGUCACGACUCAAGAGGGAUUAAUGAAGAAUCUCGACUCGACAGUAGAAACAUGGCGAGAGGAAAAUAUAUCAAUAAUGUUGGCGUGUCUACACUGCUUGCUCGUGGCUUCAUCGUGUUCCGACGAACAGACACUGCAAAUACUCCUAGAGAGUACCAGUGGUGACGGCAGUGGGGCUAAUCUUUGUAAACUAGUUUUCAGAUUCUUGCAGUCAAGGGCACUACUAGUUGAAACCAUCAAUGAUUUCUUCAUUUUCAGUGUCUAUACGUAUUUUGCAUUUCAUUCAAAUCUUCUCGAUAAAACUGGGAUCAUUCCAUAUACCCUUUGUAUGUUUAUGAAAAUAUUACGGUUUAUCACAGUUUCAGCUAAAAGAGUACCAGCACUAAGCAUCGAACAUCUGCAGCUCGUCUAGAUAAGGCUUUGUGAACUAACUAACUACUUGGGAUUGGUCAAGGUGCAGCUGAAGUCCCAUAGCUUUUUUGCCAAAUCUGCAUCCUUCGCCUUAG